AGUACAUAUCAUAUGUUGGUGAAAUAUAGACGUAUCACAGUGCUUUUAAUAUUUUAAGUUAUACUGAUUUUAAUUUAGCUUAAAAAUCAUAGAUUUCAAACAAAUAAUAUUUUAAAAUAAAACAAUUAAUCAACAGAAGCAAUUCCAUUAUUCAUUAUUUCAGGCAAAUAAAGAUUUCAAAAAGCAAUUAAUGAAAGCACUUGCAGAGUUGAACUUCAGGCAUAAAGGAAACACAAAGAUAAUUAUAGCUGCGGUGAAGAAUGAGAAUAUAAAUGAAACACCGAAAACAUUUUCUAGUAAUAUGGAAAAUCCCAAAAAAUGGCGCUUGAAUACUUCAAAAUAUUAUAAGGGUCAUGACGGAAGACUCAAGAGAUUUGUUCCUGUACAUUCAAAGUACUUAUUCACAUUGCGAGACGUAAAUAAAAAUAUUGCAAUACUCAGAAACGAGCAAGAAAAUAUGUUACAUUCAUCAUCAGCGGAUGUUAUUUCAAUAGAAGAGAGAAAUACGACACAAAAUAGCAUAGCAUUUGAAGAAAUUGUAACCGAGAAGAACUGGAUUAAAGCUGCUAAAAACUACAAUAAUAUUCAGAUAAAUGACAACGCACCCGAAUACUUAAAGUUAUUCCCGAAAGAUUCUAAAGAAAAUACACGAAACUGGUGGUUCUUCAGUCAGCAUGAUUUCAAAGAAUUUUCGGGCGAAAGAAAACUAUAGGCAAUGAUAUUAGAUAAAGAUAUAUAGGAUAAUAAAAUACUAUUUAAU